AUGACAAACCCACCAGCAACUCCCCCAAGGACUAGACCAUCCACUAGAUCAACACAAUUUAGUCCACCAGUAUUCCAUACAACAUUUAGAACUCCAAAGACGCCAAAACAUGGAGAUUGUCCUUUCACCACACCAAUCUCGACCCAAAAGGGUGGUGUCUUAAUGAACCCCAUGAUGAAAACACCUCAUAGAACAGGGAAAAUUGGUAGCAUGAAUACUACCUCUGAGCAAGGACUUGGAGUUGAUUCCGUAAGACGUACCCUUUUCCCCAUGUCUCCUGAAAUUACUCCAUUAAGAUCGCCAAACCGUUCUGUACGUAAAAAGCGGGUAUUUGUAGAUGAUAUUACCACUGAUCUCCCCAUGCAAAAGCUUUCAAAGACUGAUCCUAUGUUACCAGCAUUGAAAGAGUGUGCAUUUGGCCUUCUCUUACCUGCUCAGUCCACAGUUGGAUCGGGAAGAAGGGCCACUCAUAUCCAACAACCUUCAAAGACGCAACAACAGCCUCCUUUGUUAGAAACGUCGUUCUUUGCAGACAUUGCCCAUGAAGAAGAUCUUGAUAUUGAUGAUUCAUUUUCUUCCCCAAUUCCAGUUACUCCACAAUUAAAUGAAACUUCAUCAUCAAAUUUCUUAAAAACUAAUAAUAUGAAUUUCAUGAAACCAAUAGAAUAUGACCAUAUAGAAAACUCACCCACUAGUAAGAAGAAGUCUACAUCAUUUAUUCCUCAAACUCCAGUGGCACAACUCAUAGAUGAUGAAACUAUUUUCCGCUGGCACGGUAAAUCAUUCAACUCUGGAAUUUCAUCAGAUGAAGAAGAGUCAGGAACUCUUGAGGAUAAUAUCGAAUUAAAGGAGAUCCAUAACCCUUUCCUUUCACCAAAAAGAAAUAGUUUACAAUCCACCCCUAUUAAACGUGGAACCAUUGAUUACUCGACUCAUAUGGAAUUGGUAAAUAAUAAAACAGGGGAACGUAAAAUAGUGGAAUUAUCACCUGAACAAGCAACCAUAAAGCCUAAAAAGUUGGACUUUUUUUCCUUAAUGUGA